AUGGCACAGAGUUUACGAUUGCACUUCGCAGCCAGAAGAAGCAAGACUUACCCUCUGUCGGAACCCUCUGGAGAUGACUUGGAUAGCCACGUACACACACACGGCAAGAGGCCACCCCGGAUCUCAGUGGCAAGUGUGGUUCAAAUGAGGCUGCUCCCCAGACAGACGCCACUGCCUCCGUGGGUAGAGCAUAGAUCCUCUGAGAGUACUGACAAAAAGAGCAGCUGCCUGCAGAUCUCACUGCAGCCCAGGUACGAAGGGUGCCUUCCAGCCAGCUCUGUCGUGGCUGACAGGGAUGAUACUUCCUUUACCCUUGCCUUAAAGGACGGUGUUUGCAGUAGCAGUGGAGUUGACAGUGAGCUGCCUAAUGCCAGCGAUGGCAGCCUCUUAGGUAUUUCUGCCAUGUACAAUGGCAACCUCAGUAACUUCUCAGCCAGUGACAAUGGGUCUUACAGCAGCAAUGGCAGUGACUGUGGGUCUUGUGCAAGCCUUGCAAGUGGAGGCUCCUACACCAGCAGUGUUGUCAGCGACAGUAGUGGUUAUGAGACCUUUUUCAGUGGAAAUUUACCUUCUGACAACGCCUCCAACAGAAGCGUGCCAGUCAACACUGCUUCCCCUGAAGUUAUGUGCAGAAGUCCCAGUAGGCUUCACUUUGCUCAGGAGGACCUGGAUCAUGGAGUGGAGAUUAAGAAACUGCCAGUGAGCAGGAAUGCGAAGGUUCCACUGAAGCGCUGCACAUCUUUGGUCAUUUUCCCCAGGAGUCCUUCAAACACUCCACCAGCAUCCCCGACAAGUAGAGGUGCCUACCAGACCUCACACCAGUUGGUUGUAUCUCCUACUGAAAUUGCACAUCAUGAAGAUGGAACUGGCACUGGCACCAAAGGCUUUCUGUCGACAGCUGUCAAUGGGCUUCGAUUAUCUAAAAUGGUUUGUACUCCUGUAGAAGUCAGAGAUGUACGGCCGCUCCACACCAAGGGCUCAUUGCAAAAGAAAAUUGUCAUUUCAAAUAAUAGGCCCAAACAAACUGUGUGUGAGAGGUUGACAGAAGGAUUUUCCUGUGUUUCGGUACACUUGACUCAACAAAAACCAACAACAUCAGAUUGUGCAAACACACAUGAUGGCUGCACAUCAGAGAGGUUAGAACUUCAGCUGCAGUCUGAUUCGGACCAUGGCGUGCUCAAACAGAGGGCAUCCCCUUGCUCACCAACCACACCAAACGUGGAUUACCCUUUAAACAUCCGUGGAGAGUUGGAAAGACCAAAUUCACAGAUAAGCAAAGGCCAUGCUGCUUUGCAAAGAAGUGUUUCGCUGGGUGGGGUGUACCCAAAUAUUUCCUGUUUAUCCAGCCUGAAGCACAGUUGUUCAAAGGGGGGACCAUCUCAGUUGCUCAUAAAGUUUGCAUCUGGGAAUGACGAUAAAGUUGAUAGUUUCUGGAGAGAGAGAAACUUAACAAAUGAACUGUCCGGUGUCUGUAAGACGAGAGAUGAUUUCCUGGGUCAGGUGGAUGUUCCUCUCUAUCCUUUACCGACUGAAAACCCAAGAAUGGAGAGACCAUAUACAUUUAAGGAUUUUGUUCUUCAUCCAAGAAGUCACAAAUCGAGAGUUAAAGGUUAUCUGAGAUUAAAAAUGACUUAUUUACCUAAAAACGGCUCAGAAGAUGAUAACGGAGACCAGGUUGAGGAAUUAGAGCCUGGCUGGGUUGUUUUGGACCAACCAGAUGCUGCCACCCAUUUGCAGCAUCCACCAGAACCUUCUCCUCUACCUCCGGGAUGGGAAGAGAGGCAGGAUGUCCUUGGAAGGACCUACUACGUAAACCAUGAGUCUAGAAGAACACAGUGGAAAAGACCAAGCCCUGAGGAUGACCUCACAGAUGAUGACAACGAUGAUAUUCAGCUGCAGGCACAGCGAGCAUUUACCACCAGGCGGCAGAUAUCGGAGGAUGUGGACAGCGCUGACAACCGGGAGUCCCCCGAGAAUUGGGAAAUUGUACGCGAAGAUGAAAAUACCGAGUAUAGUGAUCAGGCUGCCCAGUCACCUCCAUCGAGUCAAGUAGAUGUGCAGGCUCGCCUUGCAGAAGAGUUCGAUGCCAGACUCUCCGUGUAUGGAAAUCCGGCCACCAGCCAGCCAGUCACCAGCUCAAAUCAUUCCAGCAGAGGAGGCAGCUCACAAACCUGUAUCUUUGAGGAACAGCCUACACUUCCUGUGCUUUUGCCCACUUCAUCUGGAUUGCCACCAGGCUGGGAAGAAAAACAAGAUGAUAAAGGAAGAUCAUACUACGUAGACCACAACUCGAAAACCACCACCUGGGCCAAGCCCACCAUGCAGGAUGAUCCAAGAUCAAAAAUUCCUGCUCAUCUGAGAGGAAAGACACCAGUUGACUCGUCCAAUGACCUGGGACCUUUACCUCCAGGCUGGGAAGAGAGGACCCACACGGAUGGAAGAGUCUUCUUCAUAAAUCACAAUAUAAAAAAGACACAGUGGGAAGAUCCUCGGAUGCAGAACGUGGGAAUAACUGGACCAGCAGUGCCCUACUCCAGAGAUUACAAGAGAAAGUAUGAGUUCUUCCGUCGGAAGCUGAAAAAGCAGACUGACAUUCCAAACAAAUUUGAAAUGAAACUUCGCCGCGCAAACAUUCUGGAGGAUUCUUACCGGAGAAUUAUGGGUGUGAAAAGAGCUGACUUCCUCAAGGCACGCCUCUGGAUCGAGUUUGAUGGUGAAAAGGGCCUUGACUAUGGAGGAGUUGCCAGAGAAUGGUUCUUCCUCAUCUCAAAGGAAAUGUUUAAUCCUUAUUACGGCCUGUUCGAGUAUUCUGCUACGGAUAAUUACACCCUACAGAUAAAUCCUAACUCGGGCUUGUGUAAUGAAGAGCAUCUCUCAUACUUCAAGUUCAUUGGCCGUGUGGCUGGGAUGGCGGUUUAUCAUGGCAAGCUGUUGGAUGGGUUUUUUAUUCGCCCGUUUUACAAGAUGAUGCUUCAGAAACUGAUAACACUGCACGACAUGGAGUCUGUGGAUAGUGAAUAUUACAGUUCUCUGCGAUGGAUUCUUGAAAAUGACCCGACGGAGCUGGACCUGAGAUUUAUCAUAGAUGAAGAACUUUUUGGACAGACACAUCAACAUGAACUGAAAACCGGUGGAUCAGAGAUUGUUGUCACCAAUAAGAACAAAAAGGAGUAUAUCUACCUUGUAAUACAAUGGCGAUUUGUGAACCGAAUUCAGAAGCAAAUGGCUGCUUUUAAGGAGGGAUUUUUUGAACUGAUACCACAGGAUCUCAUCAAGAUCUUUGAUGAAAAUGAGCUGGAGCUUCUCAUGUGCGGUCUGGGAGAUGUGGACGUGAACGACUGGAGGGAACAUACAAAAUACAAAAAUGGCUACAGCUUAAACCAUCAGGUCAUCCACUGGUUCUGGAAGGCUGUUUUGAUGAUGGAUUCAGAAAAAAGAAUACGCUUACUUCAGUUUGUUACUGGCACCUCCCGUGUGCCUAUGAAUGGAUUUGCUGAACUCUAUGGCUCGAAUGGACCACAGUUGUUCACAGUUGAACAGUGGGGCACCCGUGAUAAGCUGCCAAGAGCACAUACCUGCUUCAAUCGCCUGGACCUGCCGCCCUAUGAAUCGUUUGAAGAACUCUGGGAUAAACUUCAGAUGGCGAUUGAGAACACGCAGGGCUUUGAUGGGGUUGAUUAGAUUACAAGGAAAAAGCUAUGGUGUCUUAAACACCAUAGUUUCCAAGCAAAGGCAAAAACAAAAUCACAUUUUAACAUUUUCCAGAUAAUUUCUAAAAGAUGGUCACUGGCUUUUCCCACCAAGACCAGAGGACAGUUUAUCCAUGAUUUCAGCCACCACCAUGCUGACCUAGUCACUUGUCCAGUUACUUUGUCCAGUUGUUGGGGUUCAUGUGUAUGACAGGGUGUGAGUCCUGUAUGCCUGAGUUCUGACUGUAUCUCAUCUUGUUAGGCACAUCUUCUGAAACUACUGAGAUUCCAACUGUGAAAUAUCUGUUAUGAGUAGCUGGUGGGAAAAAUUGGAUUUUUUUUUUAAGAUGAAAUUUGGACAAAGAAAAUCUUUAAUUAUUAGUAAGCUGCGACCUACUUAGCACGCGACAUACUUAGUACCACAUGUCGCUCCUUAUUCUGUAGACCUGCCUAGUGUACCUUAUCGCCUAGACCCUUGAAGCCGCUUUGGAAAAUGUAUCACGUGUUUUUAGUCACUUAAGUCACUUGUUUAAAAAAAAAGUUACUCUUCACUUGGGAAGUAUUUCACGUUUGUUAGCAUGCAGCUUGAGCCUACAGGCGACUCUGGAGACGCGGAGCAAGCUUUUUUUUUUUGCAAUGUGUAGUAAGUAUUAGGCCUCCUUUUUGCCUGUGCAUCCUCAAGGCUAGAGUCAUUGUGUGUUAGCACGUUAGAAUUCCUUCAAACAUGAAACAAGCUCCACAACGCAGUGUUUCUAAGCAUGCCGUGAAGAACCGAGUUACAUGUAUGACUUGCCCUUACCAGCCACUCUUCACGCUUGCAGUCACGUAGUACAUACGUGUUUACGGAGUUCAUUAUGUUUACAGAUUAAGCAAAUUUCUGUAGUUGCAUUUUUAUAUUUUUAGUAUCACAUUAGUAUAAAAAUUUGUUUAAAAUAACCAAAGAGUAGUUCAAUGCAUAAUUUGUAUGAAUUUGUUACCAGGUUUCUUAUGCUUUCUAAAAAAUACUAUUUCCUAUGACAAUUUUGUUUUAUUAAAUGUCAAAAACCCUUGGCAAAAUGCUACAGGUGGAAUCCCACCAUCACCACAUGUAAGUACAGGAAGAGAUCCCAUGCGUGAAUCUGCACACGUAAACAGUGCUGGCUGGCUGUGUACCAGGCCCAUGAGAUAAAAUUGUCAGCAGUGAAGUCCAGCUCCAUCUUCACCCUCAAGCUUAGAAAUGUGUAGGUGACUUUACUAACAUUGGAAAGUAGGAGUUGGCAGAGUAAGGCAGAAGGACAGGAAAGCGAGGUCCUGGUCCAGCUGCAAGGUGAUAUCUGCUAAGACUCCUUUUCAUCUUAUACUGGUGAUUAUACAGAAACACUCUUCUGUAUGAGAAAAGCCAUUUGGUAUGUAAUGAGUUAUUGUAAGCUUGUGUUUUUGAACUUUCUGGAAUGUUUAUAAGUGGCCUGUGGGAGCUCUAAGAAAUACUUGGGGCCAUUGCUUUAAGCUUGUUGGCUCUAACAUGACUAUUCCCCAUGGUAGGGAUUUCAGUGACCGUAGCAAAAAUGAUUUCCAUAGGCCAUACCAUCAUGUUGGUCAGGGAAAGAUACCCCCAGGCCAGUGCAUGCUUCCAGAAUGUCUGGAUCAGAGUCAGCCAGGCAUGGCCAGCUGAGCCUGCAGCAUGGGGGAUCCAGUUUCCCCAUCUGGCAGGUGUGAAUAGCUGUACCCACCCUUUCUGUCUCUUGAGGCUAUGGUGAAUUCUUAAAGAGGUACUUUUCUGCCACCAGAGUCUUGAGUCAGCUGCCUCCCCUCCCAGUGAGCAUGUUCACCCAAAAUAAAGUGAUUUACAGUAGGCAGAUGAUCCCUAGUAUGUUCUGGCUUGUGUGUGUGUUCAUGCAUGGAUCUCAGCGUCAAAGUUCUCUUUCUCCAUAGUGGCAAAGUAACACUAAUAUGGGCCGAUGUGUUAUCUGGAAUGUCCCCGUUGUAUGGAACUAAGGAUGAAACCCUCGUAAAACAGAAUUGUACACGGUUGUUCAGUGUUGCCUCUGAGAGCUCAUCCACAGCAGAGCUUAGAAAACACGAGCUUCCUCUUCCUCACACCCAUCUCCCUUUGGAUGAUUCAGUGACUUCACUAGAACCUGGUGUUAAGGAGGCCAAGCUUGUCCUCACCGCAACCCCAGGUGUGUAGUGGCGAUGGUCCAGAGGAGCCCUGGGCGGAACACCACAGCCCCUCAUGCCAGUGCAUGAGAACGUCUCGUUGACAUUCUACCACUGGGGCAUUGUGGAGUCACUUCCAUGAAACACAAAGGCUUUGUACUUCUCUAGAAAAGUAUUCUAGCCUUCUUUUUUUCUAAUCCCCACCCCAAACAAAUGAAACACAAAAUUGCAUUACAAAAGCAAACCCAAAUGGUAUUUGUUUUCGAUUUUAUUUAUACCGCAAGUUAUUCCUUACAAGUAUCAAGUUAAACACAAUUGGUUUUAAUGAUAAGCUAUUUGACAUUGUUUUUAAAUUUCUUCUUAUAUGGUAAAUGUAUAUCCAGAUUAAUGUAUCGAAAUUUAUUGCAUAAACUAUAAAAUCGUUUUCAAAAUCUCAAUUCCACAAAUAAAGUUCUAUUCUAAUUUUAAAAA